AUGACCUCCUUGUUGCUCUUCCUGACAUUGGCUUCAUUUAAGGUAACAAUGAAGGAGAAGGAUCUGAAUAAGGAUGGCGCCAUUAACUUGAACGAGUUCCUUGGUGAAAUGGCUGACAACUCACAAAGCGAGUGGCAUAAGGUCGAGUCAGACAGGUUAGUUUCUCAUUCCACGUGCACAGUGAAGGGGCGGAGCCGAGAGAACAUUUUGUGUACAUUCAUGUGCCGCUGUGCAUCAGUCAGAGCGCCUCAUCAUUGUUCUCGAUGUAGUCAGUGAGU